AUGACCCAUGGACCUCCCCUCGGUGAGUUGAGUUCAUAUAACCCCAAAACACUCUAUUCCACAUGAUAGUGUGUAGGAUAUUAUCCCACAGACUGCUAAAACGGGUUGCACUUAUUUGCCAGGAUGAUUACUGUGUCACUAAUUCAUUGCACAUACUGGAAGUAAUUCCACCGAUAAUUGAUAUUCAAUAAAUAGGAUGAAAACAGGAAUCUCUGAUUAUUGUCACAAUGUUAGAAAUCAACAUUUGAAGCAUAUUUCUUGGACAAUUGCUCUUUUGGAUGGCACUUUAUGAGAAUUCAGUAUGGAAAAAUGUAAUGUUAAUUUCCCCCGCUGUAAAACAGUAUAUUAGCAGAUAUAUCGGUAUAGGUAAAUUUUCCCCCUCAAAAAAAUCUGAAUCGGUAUCAGACUAUAUAAAUAAAUAUUAACUGGAAGUAAUGGAAGCAGAGUUAGGGUGACAUUUUCCUCACGGUAAAACGCGCCACGAGAAACAAAGCCUGUGCAAUGACGAGUUGGGUAUUUUCGCCUCACCUGUAUUUGCGUCUGCAUAGGUGGAGCCAGAAAUGGGAGCGUCAAAAGGAGGUUUGGGGGGAGGGUAUGCUAAUUAACCUUUCCACAUAAAGUAUAAUUACAUGAAUGUAUUGAGAGGCUACGAGAAUAAUAAAACGGGGACAAUAAUGGUAGAUAAAUAAUCCAUAGUAGGCUAUCAUAGGCCCAUGCUUUAAAUGAGGCUGGUGUUGUUGCCUACGUUUUUAUAUUUGCCAAAAAUAAUAUUAUUGUCUGUGUAUUACAUUGUUAAUGUCUAGCCUACUUUUAAGCUCUUGCAAGUAAAAAAAUCGAUGUUAUUGCCUAUGUUCCAUCCAAACAUUCACAGCACAUAUGUUAGUAAUGCAUCAUUGUUUUAUAGUGUAAUUCCGAAUAGCAUUAAGACGAGAAAAAUGUUGCCCUUAGUUUGUGCCUGACCUGUCUCACUAUUAUGAAUGAAUUGAUUGUUAAAUUCGUAACAAAAAUACAUGUAUCUUUCUUAUGCUUAAUCCAGUGUAUUAAUCAGUCUUGGUGUGGUUUGGGACAGGUUUCCGUGACUGGGUCCCCAAGGAGCUCCAAAGAGUGGGCUGUGUGGAGCUGCUGAACACAGUACAGCAGAGGGUCCGACCCAAGCUCCACGCUUUCGGGGGCAUCCACGAGGGUGAGUAUUCUGUACCCUCUCCUCCAUGGUUCUGGUUCUACACAAUAACAGAUUGGUAAAGUACUGAAGUACAGCAUCCAUAUUAGGAAGGCGUCCGUUUUCAGGCAAAACACUUCCUAACAUGGAUGCUGUACUAGAGUGACACUUAAUACUGUAUCAGUGGGGGCUAUCUUGUGCCAUGCAUCUCUAGGUUAACAGACCUGUUAUUGUCUUUGUUUUGACUCUGGUGUAUUAUUUCUCUGUCCUCUGUCUGCAGGGUACGGCAUUAUGACGGAUGGAUGCACAACUUUCAUCAACUCCUCCACCUGUACAGCCAGUUUCCAGCCCACCAACCCCCCCAUCGUAUUUGACCUGCCCAACCCAUAG